AUGGGAGAAGCAGAAGCAGAAGCAGGAGGCAAAAAUAAGACGGUUAUCAUUGGAAUUGCUGUGGCCGUCGUCAUUCUUGUAGUAAUUGUCGUAGUCGUAGUUGUUGUGACCAACAAAUCCAAAGCUGCCAAAGCUGCCAAAGCUGCCAAAGAUGCUGCAAGCAAGGGUGCAGCACCCACGAAAGAUGGAGGAAAGAAAGAUCCACCAGCCCCUGGCAAGAAAGAUCCACCGGCCUCGGCCAAGAAAGAUCCACCGGCCCAGGGCAAGAAAGAUCCACCGGCCCCGGCCAAGAAAGAUCCACCGGCCAAAGAUUCACCGGCCAAAAAAGACCCACCAGCCAAAAAUGACCCACGGGCCAAAAAAGACCCUCCAGCCAAAGAUCCACCUAGUAAGAAGAUCGAUUAA